AUGAAGGAGAAGUCCAAAAAUGCGGCCAAAACCAGGAGGGAGAAGGAAAAUGGUGAGUUCUACGAGCUGGCCAAGCUGCUCCCGCUGCCGUCGGCCAUCACCUCGCAGCUGGACAAAGCGUCCAUCAUCCGACUCACCACCAGCUACCUGAAGAUGCGCGCCGUCUUCCCGGAAGGUCUAGGAGACGCGUGGGGACAGCCGAGCAGAACAGGGCCCCUGGACAGCGUGGCCAAAGAGCUGGGAUCCCAUUUGCUGCAGACCCUGGAUGGCUUCGUUUUUGUGGUGGCCUCUGAUGGCAAAAUCAUGUAUAUAUCGGAGACGGCUUCUGUCCAUCUAGGCUUGUCCCAGGUGGAGCUCACAGGCAACAGUAUUUAUGAGUACAUCCAUCCUUCUGACCAUGACGAGAUGACAGCUGUCCUCACAGCCCACCCCCCACUCCACCAUCACCUGCUCCAAGAGUACGAGAUAGAGCGGUCUUUCUUCCUUCGAAUGAAGUGCGUCUUGGCAAAAAGAAAUGCAGGCCUGACAUGCAGUGGAUACAAGGUCAUCCACUGCAGCGGUUACUUGAAGAUCAGGCAGUAUAUGCUGGACAUGUCCCUGUACGACUCCUGCUACCAGAUCGUGGGGCUGGUGGCCGUGGGCCAGUCGCUGCCACCCAGUGCCAUCACAGAGAUCAAGCUGCACAGCAACAUGUUCAUGUUUAGGGCCAGCCUUGACCUGAAGCUCAUAUUCCUGGAUUCCAGGGUGACGGAGCUUACGGGCUAUGAGCCACAAGACCUUAUCGAAAAGACGCUGUACCAUCACGUUCACGGCUGUGACACCUUCCACCUCCGCUAUGCACACCACCUCUUGCUGGUGAAAGGCCAGGUCACCACCAAAUACUACCGGCUGCUGUCGAAGCUGGGCGGCUGGGUGUGGGUGCAGAGCUACGCCACCGUGGUCCACAACAGCCGCUCCUCCCGACCCCACUGCAUCGUGAGUGUCAAUUAUGUCCUCACGGAUAUCGAAUACAAGGAGCUUCAGCUGUCUCUGGACCAGGCGUCCACUUCUAAGCCUCAGGACUCCUGGAGAACCACCUUGUCUACCUCACAAGAAACUAGGAAAUCAGCUAAACCCAAACAUACGAAGAUGAAGACAAAGCUGAGAACAAACCCUUACCCCCCACAGCAAUACAGCUCGUUCCAAAUGGACAAACUGGAGUGCAGCCAGGCGGGAAACUGGAGAGCCAGUCCCCCCACGAGUGCUCCGGCUCCCCCAGAACAGCAGCUCCAUUCAGAAGGCAGCGACCUUCUAUACGGGCCGCCCUACAGCCUCCCCCUCUCCUACCAUUACGGACACUUCCCCUUGGACCCGCACGUCUUCAGCAGCAAGAAGCCAGCACUGCCCGCCAAGUUCGGGCAACCCCAAGGAUCCCCGUGUGAGGUGGCACGCUUCUUCCUGAGCACGCUGCCAGCCAGCGGCGAAUGCCAAUGGCAUUACGCCAACCCCCUAGUGCCCAGCAGCCCAUCGCCAGCUAAAAACCUUUCUGAGCCUCCUGUAAAUGCUGCCCGCCAUGGACCUGUGCCAAACUAUGAAGCGCCCGCCGCUGCAGCCGCUGCAGCCGCCGCCGCCGCCGCCGCCGCCGCCGCGCGCAGGUUCGGCGAGGACCCCGCGCCCCCAAGCUUCCCGAGCUGCGGUCACUACCGCGAGGAGCCGGCGCUGGGCCCCGCCAAGGCGGCGCGCCAGGUGUCCCGGGACGGAGCCCGGCUGGCGCUAGCCCGAGCGCCCCCCGAGUGCUGCGCGCCCCCUGCUCCCGAGCCGCAGGCGCCGGCGCAGCUGCCCUUAGUGCUGCUCAACUACCACCGCGUGCUUGCGCGCCGCGGGCCGCUGGGGGGCGCUGCGCCCGGCCUGGCCUGCGGCCCCGGAGCCCCGGAGGCGGUCGGCCAGCUGCGGCCGCGACACCCGGGCCCCGUCGCCGCCCCCGCGCCCGGCGCGCCCCGGCCGCACUACCUGGGUGCCUCGGUCAUCAUCACCAACGGCAGGUGA